AUGACCGCCGACAUGGUCGAUUGCCCCAUCUGCACCAAACAAGUCAAAGAUGCCCGAAUCAACGAGCACAUCGAUAGCGGCUGCAAGGAUUUCUUGCUGGAGCAGGAUGCCCAACCCGGGCCUGGCCUGGCCAAGGCCUACAGCUUCUUCACAACCUCACGCAAACUUCCCACUUCGACGCCGAAGAAUGGACAGUCAACCUCGUCACCGCCAGUAUCUGCCGUAACCCCACCGCACGCGCGCACAAAGCGGUCGUUUGACCAGGUUACAGAUGCCCAGCGAGCCAGCGAGCCUCAAUCGCCGUCUGCCUCGAAACGGGCGCGCACGCUCAAGGCAGUCCAAGAUGCCAUGCCCCUGGCCGAGCGCAUGCGGCCCAUGUCGCUGGAACACGUCUAUGGACAGGAGCUGGUGGGGCCAAAGGGCAUCUUGCGAGCCAUGGUCGAUGAGGGCAGACUGCCGUCAAUGGUGCUAUGGGGUCGUCCGGGCACGGGUAAGACGACCAUUGCAAGACUGAUAGCGAACACGUCCGGUUCGCGAUUCGUCGAAAUCAACAGUACAAGCACAAGGCUCGAGCAGGUACGCGCCAUCUUCACCGAAGCUUCCCAAGAUCUGCGCUUGACCGGCCGGAAAACAAUCGUCUUCUGCGACGAGCUGCACCGCUUCUCCAAAACACAACAAGACGCCUUCCUCGGGCCCGUAGAGUCGGGAACUAUCACGCUGAUAGCCGCCACCACCGAAAAUCCAUCCUUCAAGAUCAUCUCUGCACUGCUAUCAAGAUGUCGGACCUUCACUCUCGACGACCUCAAAGAGGACGACUUGGUUAAGAUACUGGAACGUGCAAUGACUGCAGAGAGCUGCACUUCACCAAUCCUCGAUAAACCCAUGCUGGCUUACUUUGCCCGCUUCUCUGACGGUGACGCUAGGACAGCUCUCAAUCUCUUGGAACUGGCUAUGAGCCUUGCCAAUCAGCCCGACAUGACCAAGGAAAAGAUCCAGCAAAGCCUCACUAAAACUCUCGUCUACGACCGUGCCGGUGACCAGCACUACGAUAGCAUAUCCGCACUGCACAAGUCAAUACGAGGCUCUGAUCCUCAUGCCUCCCUAUACUACCUGGCCCGCAUGUUGGAAUCUGGCGAGGACCCGCGAUAUAUUGCACGCCGUCUCAUCGUCGUUGCAUCGGAAGAUGUUGGACUAGCAGACAACUCCAUGCUAUCCCUUGCCACAGCCACGUAUGCUGCCUGUGAAAACAUCGGCAUGCCCGAGUGUCGCAUCAAUCUCGCCCAUGCCGUUACCGCCUUGACUUUGGCACCAAAAUCGACACGAGUCUAUCGAGGGCUUAAGAACGCAAUCGACGCCGUCAAGGAACCAGGCAUGGCUGCCUUGCCCAUACCACAUCACAUUCGCAAUGCCCCAACCAAGCUUAUGAAGGAUAUGGGCUACGGCGACGGCUACAAAUACAACCCCAAUUAUUUGGACGGCAAAGUAAAGCAGGAAUACCUUCCCGAAGCCCUUCGAGGCCGAUCGUUUUUGGAAGAGACUGAUCUGGGCGACAAGAUCGAUCCGGACCUCAUUGAUGACGACGAGUUGAUCCCGGAAAUAGACUAA